CGCAGACCCGACUGCGGCACGGUGGCCGCCGCUCCCUCCUCCCGGUCCUGCAGGUGCUGCGGGCGGCCCGGCUCCGCCGCGCCCCGCGCCCCCGGCCUUCCGCCUCGGCCCCUGCCGCGGGGCCUCGCGACGCCCGUGCCGGCGAUGAGCGCGAGGAGCCGCCAUGAGCGCAGACAGCAGCCCGCUCGUGGGCAGCACGCCCGCCGGCUAUGGGACCCUGACGAUCGAGACAUCUACAGAUCCCCUCAGCUCCUCAGUUUCAUCCGAGAGGCUCAGCGGCUACUGUGGCAGUCCGUGGAGAGCCGUCGGCUACCACGCCGUGGUCUGGACGCUGGCGGGGCUCCCUUUGCUCCUGUUCCGGUGGAAGCCCCUGUGGGCGGUGCGCCUGCGGCUCCGGCCCUGCACCCUGGCCCGCGCCGAAAUACUCGUCAUCGAAACAAGAGACAGAGAGGAUAGUUCAUGGCAGCUCUGUACGGUCCAAGUGCAGACGGAGGCCAUUGGCGCUGACAGCCUGCAGCCGCCCCCACAGACGCGGGCAGAGGAUGGCCGGAGCGGGGCGGCUGUGGGGGCAGAGCCAGAGGACGCCUGGAAGGACACCGCACGGCUCCACAGGCCUGAAGAGCAGCGGAGGCUGCGCUACUACGUCUUCCGAGGCCAGCGCUACGUCUGGAUAGAGACCCAGCAGGCCUUCCGCCAAGUCAG